AUGUUCGGUCGCAAGAAGCGCGACGUUUCUCCUGAGGACAGGGUCCCAUCAGAGGAGACGGAUCGUACUUUGACUCCCGGCAUCGAUGGCCCUACCAAAGCCCAACUCAAGAGAGCAACCCGUACUCGUAUGAUCUGGGCUCUGAUCUCAUCAUUCUUCCUCCUUCUGACAGUCAUCUUUAUGAUUCUUGUCGAGGUCGGCUGCACCGGCACUGGAAGCGUCAAAUCCAGUAUCUACUUCAUCAACAUCAACCUAACCAACGUCUUCCCGGAGUCUGUUCCUGACUCUGCUAUCAUCAACUCUAUUGCUCAGACUAUCGGUCUGCACGAUUUCUACCACGUUGGUCUCUGGGGCUUCUGCGAAGGCUACAAUGGCCAAGGCAUCACCGACUGUUCCUCACCUCAGACUCUGUAUUGGUUCAACCCUGUGCAAAUCAUCCUCAACCAGCUGCUCGCUGGUGCAACCAUCGCACUACCUACCGACCUUACCGAUAUCCUCGGUCUGAUCAAAACCGUUUCUCACUGGAUGUUUGGACUCUUCCUUGCAGGUGCCUGCUUGUCCUUUGUUAUGAUCUUCCUGAACCCUCUCGCCGUCUUCUCUCGCUGGCUUACCAUGUUCACUGGCAUCUUCACCUUCUUGGCCGCCCUUCUCAUCACUGCCGCCACCGUCAUUGCAACCGUCAUGUUCAUCAUUAUGCAGAACGCAUUCACCUCGGUCUCGGAGCUCAACAUUGGAGCAAACCUUGGUGGCAAGAUGUUUGCAUUCAUGUGGAUUGCAUCCGCAUUCUCAAUUCUUGCUUGGUUGAUCCAGACCAGUCUUUGCUGCUGCUGUGCCAGCAGAAGAGAUGUCAAGACUGGAAAGAAGAUCGGAAACAAGAAGGCCUGGAUGACAGAGACACCUGGGGUCUCUGAGAAGGGAUCAAAGCGCGGAAUCUUUGGCCGCAAAUAG